AUAUAUAUAUAUAUAUAUAUACAUCAUAUGAUAUCACUUCAGGACAUUUGUCUUCUCAAUGUCUUAUUUGACUUGCAGCAGUAAAAGUGUUUUUUUUUAAUUAGGUAUGAUCAGAGUUUGAGCUGUGUUUAUUUAAAUUUUUCAAAGCCUUUUGCACAGAAGAGUUAGAAAAUUUAAUCAGGAGAUUAAUGAAUGCGUCUUCAGGUUAUGUACUCGUCUCGAUUACCGAGAGUGUUACAUAAGUUUAUUCACUAAUGAAAGCGAAAUCGAUUCUGUAUGUGAAUAUUACGCUGUGUCAUAUAUGUAUGCCAAUUUAUUGGCUAAUAAUUGUUUACAUUAACCAAACAGUUAAUGGAGAAUGUGAAAGUUUAACAUUUAGGGGCAUAAUAAUUGAGAUGAUGUUAUUAUUAGAAAUUCAGGUCAUUGAAGCGUAGGGAGAUUGAUUCAAGCAUCUUCUGAGAUGUUAACUCGCUAUUAAUCUUUCAAUUAACUAGCUUUUAUGGAAUAUCACGUCUACAUUCCAGUCGUCGGUCUUGAGAGGUUGAAUAGCCAUUCUUUAGAUAAAUCGUUCCACUUACCAUUUGCUUUUUACAACCUAUUUCCCUAGUGAGUUCGGAUACUAUCUGCUAUUGCCUACUGCUGAUGUCUCUUUCACCUCCUUUAUUUUGGCCACCGACCACUCUUCACAGUAGUCACGAAGGCUUUUAGUGAUCUGGCGUUUUAGCAACCUUUGCUCCUCAUCAUUUUCAGAACUUACAAGAAUCACUCUUUUGAGUCCAUCAGUUCAGAUGUCUUUUUGUCUGCAUGAAGAAGCCAUAUCACUAUAUGCAAGUUCUACGGAUCUUUCAAAGUACCUGUGAAUCAUGGAGUUCCUGAGUCAGUAUCAAAAAUCUUCACUGACAACAUAGUUGAUGGUCUCUCAUUUUGUCUUCUUGAUGAGAAAGAUUUAACUGAUAUGGGUGUUACACAGAUUGGUUUGCGCAAGCGUAUAUUAUUUCUAUCAUCUAUUUGGCGACAUCAAGUUAAAAUUAAAGGUUGUGAGAAGCAACUUUUACGUUUUAUUGACGGUGAAAAUUCUACAGUUGAGACGUUGAGUAGUAAGAUUUCUAAUCAUUCGGAUGUUCAUAAAUUUACCGGUGAUGACGAUUCGAAUUACCCCAUUAAGAAUUCAUUUUUGAAUGAUGACAACUUUGAAGUAGUUGAAGAAAAUUCAAAUUCAUGGAGACUUUUUAUCAGUGCUUUGUAUUUCUUAUUUUCCACAUGUGUCACAUCCUUUGUUAUGGUUUUGGCUCACGAACGCUUACCUGAUAUAUCAAAAUAUCCUCCUCUACCAGAUCUCUUUUUAGAUAAUCUUCCUCAUAUUAGUUGGGGAUUUGCUGCUGCGGAAUGGGUUGGUGUAAUUUUGUCUAUUAUUUGGUUAACUAUCUUAAUUUUCCACAAAUAUCGACUGAUACUUCUACGUCGUUUCUUCGUACUUAUGGGUACAGUUCUUUUGUUGAGAUCAGUGACUAUGAUUAUUACUUCACUCAGUGUACCUGGUAAACACUUAGCUGAUUAUUGCAGUCCAUAUGUUGUGCAAAAUCAAAGUGAGCGUCUUAAACGUGUAUUACAUAUAUGGCUAGGAAUGGGUAUGUCCAUCAGUGGGAUUCAAACAUGUGGUGAUUAUAUGUUCAGUGGUCAUACCACAUGUCUUACUCUUCUCAAUUUUUUUAUCACUGAAUAUUCACCACGAAAGCUUCAAGUGUUACAUACCUUCUCUUGGGUUUUAAAUCUUUUUGGUGUAUUCUUUAUACUUGCCUGUCAUGAACAUUAUUCCAUUGAUGUAUUUAUUGCUAUAUAUGUAUCAUCUAGGUUAUUUUUAUAUUAUCACUGUUUAGCUAAUAGUAAUAUUCUUCACCAACCGGGUAUGGAACGUGCGAUGACUUGGUUUCCUUUGUUCUCUUUCAUGGAAUAUGAUAUUAAGUCUGUAGUACCUAAUGUUUUUGAAAUUCCCUUUCGUUAUACCAAAAGUUGUGAUAAAACAGAUGGUGAUAUUAGUAGUGAUAAAAAUGGAGUGAAUUCAUUCGAUAAUAAAACAUUAAAUAACAAUUAUAACAAACAUCUCAUUGUAUAUUUCAUAAAGAUACAGAGUCUUCUUCAACACCUAUAUUUCGGAAUAAUUCAAGAGUUCGACAAAAGAAAGGGGAACACUGUUAGAUAAAUAUAUAUUUGUCAUCAUUACCUGUGAAAACCAAUUUUUUUAGAGUCCUUCUGUUAUAGGAUAUUUUUUCAGUUCAUUUUUCAUAACAAAAGAUUUUUAAGUUAUUUUAUGACUAACUUAUUUCUUGUCUACCCGACGCCUUUUGAUUUACCAAAUUCAAAAAAAAAAUUGAUCCUCCUUUGUUAUACUGAAGGAUUCUGUCUUCACUUUUUUUUUAAAGUGUAUUGUGUUUCCUUAUUACAAUCAAAGUCUUUCAUUUUAUUUAUUUUCACUACAAUGUUUGGAAUAAAACACUAAUAUAGUGAAAAAGCC